GUCACAAGAAACCGGAACCGGAUGUGACGCAACCCAUAGAACUGCAAAGGGACCGCGUUGGAUGUCUAUUAAACACAGAAAUGAGCGGUGAGAACAUCAAGUUAUUUGUUGGGAACCUUCCAUUAGAUGCAACGCAAGACGAGCUGAACAAGCUCUUUGCUCCAUAUGGAGAGAUCAACACCUGCUCCUUGUUGAGGCAGUAUGCCUUUGUUACACUGAAAGGAGAAGGUGCAGCUGACAGGGCCAUACGUCAUCUCGAUGGUAAAGAGUACAGAGGGAGGCCUUUAGUGGUAGAGGAAUCCCGUGCACGUCCUCCAAACUCUACUAAAGUGUUUGUGGGCAACAUCAGUGCAACAUGUUCAGCCGACGACUUGCACGGACUGUUCUCAUCCUAUGGAAGAGUUCUAGACUGUGAUAAAGUCAAAGCCCGAUUAUGUUCAAAUGUCGGCUACGCCUUUGUACAUAUGGAGAGGAAAGAGGAAGCCCUGGUAGCCAUCGAGGCCCUUAAUGGAACCAUGUUUAAAGGCCGUCAGUUGGCGGUGGAACUGUCCAAAGCUCAGCCUCUGAUCAACCAAAUUGCAUCCGCUGGAAAUUUAGGGGGGAGAGAGGGCCUACUUCCUCGACCACCUCCAUCACUUGAGCAUCAUCAGAGUCAAGCGGCUGUGUUAGCAGCAGCUGCUGCAGCUGCCGCUGGGCUGCCCAUACAAGUUCAACAAAGUGUCCACAACUCUUUCUACAAUACGGCACCCUCUGACCCUACCUAUGCUGCUCUUAAGGGUAUUACUAGUGCUAGAGGUGCAGAUGGUGUAAUAUAUGGUGCCCUUGCCAGCCAGGUGUAUGGCUCUGUCGCUGACCAGGUAUACACUGAGCUGGCCAAUCAUAAUCCUCCCCCCGCCAUACCAGAAGAAGUAGAAGAUCCAAAUGCACCAGAUCCAACAACUCUUUUUGAAGCAGCGAGAGCCAAGUUUUUUCAGGACGGACAGAAGGUUCUGGCAGAGCAGCAUGUAGGAAGAAAAACAGCACCAUCAGAGAGUGAGCGGGAUCGCAGUCCAAUCAGAGGAAAUCGAGCGCCCCUACUCCCUGACCCUGUUCCAGGUUCUUUUGCUCAAUCACGACCCAAACGACGUGCAUUGCUCCCAACACCACCUGGAGUACCGCCAGAGGAAGCUGCCACCGCUGCUGCUGCUGCAACCACUGCACCUGAGGGGUCAGAUCCUCUUUCCAGGUCCUACACAGAGUACUACCAGCAAAUGCAUCAAUACCAACAGUAUCAACAGUACCAACAACAGUACCAGUACCUCCAGUAUGCCUACACCAAUCCUCCACCUCCUCCUCCAUUACCGCCACCAUCCACCACAGGACAGGCCUCUCCCACGGCCCCUCCGCCUCCAGGGACAUACUCUGCCCCUCCUUCGUACAACUCAUCAGAAGCCUACGGACCACCGGGAACCUACAGUUCUUCAGGAAGUUACAACGCCUCGACGGGGAGCUACGACGCCACGUCCGGGAGCUACGACGCCUCAUCGGCAAGCUACAACAACUCGACGGGCUAUGACGCUUCAGGAGGCUACGGAGCAUAUGAUUCAUCUGGAGCUUACACAGCAGCAGGAAGCUACUCCACGUCCACACCGUAUGAGCAGACACCCGCACACGGGCAACCCACGCCCCAGCGCCAUGAUUACCCUUAUCACACGCCAGAACCCCCUUACCGAUAGUUUUACCCCCCCACCCCGCACACUUUUUCCACACUGUAGAUGCGUGAGCGUUUGUGUGAUUGUGUGUCUGUGCGCGUGUGUAUGCGCGAGUGCAUGUGUACUUACAUGAGGGACAGUGACAACGGCAGAGUCAGGCAGGGAGCGACGAUGUAAUUUGAACAGGUUUUUCAAUCUCUAGCAUCUUCUUUUCCUCUGUACAUUUUAUCCCUCGAGUCUCAUCUGCUCAGUUGAAGGUUAAUUUAGGAAGAAUCCAACAGUAAUCAGAAUUAGUAAUUGGUCACAGCUGGUCUAUUUUUGGAAUAUUCCCUAGAUUUAAGUUUUGUUACAUUAGUUUUGUCAAUUUCAUCACAAUUCUUUGGUUUAGUCAAUCUGGAUUGAUUUUAAUGGAAGGGUUUAAGUAGAGCAGUCUUGGUUUAAGGCCACUUACAUACUCUACACAAAUGUAUGUCCACACAGACCGAACCUUAGAUUCUACGACCAUGUCACAGUCUAGUCUAGGUUUU